UAGGGGGACGUUACUUUUUUUUGGGAAGGGGGGCUACGAGUCCCAGACUCUCCCUGCCCGCCAGCUCACCCGACUGGGGGAUUCUGGGAGUUGUAGUCUUCUUGGGGCGGGAAAGGAACCUUUCCCAAGGCAUGAAACUCAGCUGGUGGCAGGCCGGAUAAAUGACCAUUGAUUUAAAAAAUCGAUUUAAAUAGAGAUUUAAAUUUUUUUAAAAUCGUAAAAAAACCCCACCCAAUUUAAAAAAAUGUAAAUCAUGAUUUAAAUAGAUUUUAUUUAAAUCGAAUUCACCCUGGUUGGUAUCAUAGGUCGCUAUCAUGGGCCACUGUCGUUUGUUUUUGCUUUGUAGGAAUGUUGUAUUUGACAGAAUGAUCCUACAUGGCACUGCCUCACCUACAGUCUGAUGUGGGACAAGCCCUGUGAACCGCCCCAGAAUUCUGCUGCAUCCUUUGGUUGUGUUUACAUAAAUCACAGUCUCAUCCAGUUUUUAAAUAAGUCUGCUUGUAAAUCAGGUUUAUUCUUAUCCUCACCUUGGAGAGAAGGGAAGGUGUUGAAGCUGAAAGACCAUUUGUUUGUAUAAGGCUAGUAAGUUCUCAGCAGAUGCAGAGUUGAAACCAGAAAUACCAGGGUCUCCACAUAAUCAGGAACACUGGAAUACACGCUGCUACUUUCAGAAACAGAAUCUGUAUAUAAAGGAGACUUUACUUUUUAGAAAGUUAACCCUUGUAGGUGAAGAGCUAUGGAAAUAGGACAGGUCCAUAAUUGUUUGACUCUGAUUUUUGAAUGGAAAUAGUGGCAAAUGUCAUUAGAGUGCUGAUUGCAUCGUCUUUAUUCUUCGGACAAUCUUGUCAUGUAAAUUGUGGCUAUAGAAAGGGAUGCCCAGAAUGUGGCAUAUUUUAACCAUCCUUUGUGCUCCCUUUGUGAGUGGAAAAAGUGUGCUUGGACUGGCUUCUGUUUUAAAACCCAGCUUUAACAUAUUUACAUGUGUUUUGUUUGUCUUGUCGCAUUUACAAAUAUUUUGGGAUUGUGGCUUCUUUUGGAUGUCCGGAAUCUGAACUCUCAGAACCCCCUUGAAAAUGAUUCAGACAGUGGACAAGGCAGCUGUGAAAUGAACUCUCCUGCACAGUUAAGCAAGGGAGUUGUACCAGCUGAUGAUGGAGCAGAUUCAGAUGAAGAGAUUUCUGUGAGCAAGAGAGUCAAAUGCAAGAAGGUGCUCCCAGAUAGCGAUAGUGAAGAAGAAGAAGAAGAAGACCUUGUCCCUGAGAUACCGGGGGUCGGGACUCAUGAUGUGGAAGGUGGAACCGCAAAUGAUAAAUUUGCUGCUCGAGAGAAGAAAUCUAUCCAAACCUUUCCAGUUGUGGAAGACAGUGAAGGCAGUGAUGCUGAGAACCUGUCACCGAAGGUUCUGUUGGAGAACGUGGGAAAACCUGAACGAAAGCCCAAGAGUCGUAAAACGAAGCAAAGGGAUGGAACAGCAAAGGACAGUCCCAGGAAAAGGAGGAUGAGGAAAGACAAAAAACUGAAGUCCCUUAGUCAGAUGAUUAAGAAAGAAAAGCCACCAGAAAAAGAGGAGAAAGAGGGAGAGCUAUCGUUCAACGACAGUGGGUGUCUUCUGGCCGAUAAAGAUCUCUUUGAGAAUGGUUUGGAAGAAGAAGAGGAUCUGCUCUCAGCAGAUGAAGAGUCCCUUGAAUUAAUAAAAGCUGCUGCAAAGCAGAAAAUGAGAAAGCAAAAGCUGUUUUCUGAGAGUGAAGAUUAUGUAUAUACGAUGGAUGAAAGUGAGAAGUCCCUGUUAAAGGAACCUAAGAAGGAGAGGAAGGCAGCCAAGUUAAGUAAAGAAGCAAUGAAGCAGCUACAUAGUGAGAGCCAGCGGCUGGUUAGAGAAGCCGCUGUUCCUCUCCCGUAUCACGUGCCCGAAGCCAAAAGCGUUCAUGAAUUCUUCAGGCGUAAACCUCGCCCUGUUUUCCAGGGAAGUGCAAUGACUUUGCUAAGAUCCACUAAGAAUCUGUCUGGUCUAGAGGCAGAAGGUGCUGUUCCAAAGAAGGCCAGCGCCAUCUACCAUGAGAGUGACCAGUUAGCAGUGAAGGAAUUGGGAGUCAGAGCCGACCCACAGGAUCCGGUCCCCCUGAAUCCUGCAUCUGGCAGCACAGACCGUUCUUCUUCUGAGAGAGUGGAAAAUGGGAUAGACUGCCUUGAACAGAACGGACAGAGCAGCGAUCCCAAAAGCAGUUGCCCAAGAGCGGAACUGCCUUCUGAAAAACAAGACAAUCCUGGUGAAAUCCCUGCUGAACGCCUCCAAUCACUAGAGACCAAACAGGAAGGAAAUGUACUUGAACAGGGAGAGGAGCCUUCUUUGGACUUGCGCACAGGGCCCAAAGAACCUGAUCAGCCGCUGGCGACGGCCUCUCAUGGAAAAACAAAGAAGUCCAAACUGGCUCAGCUUCGGGAGCUGGGAGUCGAUCUAACCAUCAAGCCCAGACUGUGUUCCGGGGAUGUUUCAUUUAUAGAGCUUGACGACGUGAAACCUAACAGAGAACUGGAAGCACUGAAAGAGCGUUUUGUGAAACAUGCACUUCACACGACCAAACCAAAGUCAGAACGAACGGUGAGUUUGAAUAUCAUUCGUAAAGAGACAACGAACGAGGGCAAGGAGGAGCUGAAAGCAGACGUGGUACCCGUGGUCCUGCCUGCAGAGGCGAUAGAAGAGGUGACCCACAUGAAACCAGGUGAAAAGCUACGCCUGCUGAAAGCUAAGCUUCAGGAGGCCAUGAAGCUGCGCAGGACAGAGGAGCGCCAGAGGCGGCAAGCAUUGUUCAAACUGGAUAAUGAGGAGGUGAUGGAGGAGGAGGAGGAAGAGGAGGAGGAAGAAGAAGACAUGACCGAUGAAUCUGAUGAAGAGGAGGAAGAGAAAGGCAAUCAAGAGGGCAUAGAGUAUCUUCUUGGUGAAGCAGAGGAGGAAGUGGAAGAGGAGGCCUUAGAAGAUGGGGAUAAAGAAUCUGUAGAUGAGGAAGAAGCGACAGAGGCUGUGAAUCGCCGUGCUGUUCCGAAACCUUCCUCCACAGAAUCAACUUUGCUGCUUUUCAAGGAUAACUCUUCCAAAACAGGAUGUUUUUUUCCGAGCGAAAAGGCUGAAAUAGAAGAAGCCACGGACAAAAGACCAAGCAAGCCUGACGACGAAGAUUCAUUUUUGCUGCCAAACCUGGCAAAGGAGAACAGUCACAACAGCAGCUUUGAACUUAUUGGUUCCAUGAUUCCAUCCUAUCAACCCUGUAAUAAGCAAAUGGCAUGGAGGGGCGGCUUCCUGUCCACCCCUGCAGCUGUCCGCUCACCUUCCCCUGGGUUUUUCAAAACAAGCUUUAUCAGCUCUGCUUCAAAAAGUUCGGGAAAGGCAUCUGAGCCUUCUUUACCUAUAGAAGAUUCCCAAGAUCUCUACAAUGGCACACCAGAAGAGAAAAGCCCAGUUCGAGCAGCCGGGAGCUUCCCAUUUCAGUUUUCCCUGGAAGAUGACACUCAGAGUCAGUUGCUUGAUGCAGAUGGGUUUUUGAAUGUUGGCCACCAACGGAACAAAUACCAGCCGCCCAAGGACCGCCUGCCUUUGGCUAGCAUGGACGAGAAUGCGAUGGAUGCCAACAUGGAUGAGCUGCUGGACCUGUGCUCUGGGCAGUUUGCCUCCCAGGAGAAACACGUCGGCACCGGCGGUGGCAAGAAGCCGAACAUGGAGGAGCUCCUCAACCUCUGCUCUGGAAAGUUUGCGUCUCAAGAUUCUCCUAUUCAAGCUUCUUCAGCCACCCCUGGACAAGAGAAAGAGCAGAGCACAGAUGACCCCAUGGCCGAGGCACUCGCUCUUUGCUCUGGAUCUUUUCCAACUGACCGGGAAGCAGAAGACGAAGAAGAGAAGGAGUCUGAAGACUUCAAGCUUUUAGCCGAUGACAAUGCCUUUGAUAGCGAAGAAGAGGAGGAGAGCAAAGGGGAGGAGGAGGAGGAGGAAGAAGAAGAAGAAGAGGAAGAACUGGGUGAAUCAGAAGUUGAUGAUGAAGAAGAAGUAUUGAGACGAAGAGAAGGGCUGAAAAAGAAAUUCAAAUUGCAGGACUUCAUGGAGGAGGAGGCAGAGCUGUCAGGGAGCGACGUGGCCAGUGAGGAUGAGUAUGAUGGCGAGGAACUCGAUGAGUACGAAGAAGAAGAACUUGAUGAGGUGCUCCCUACUGCGGUGGAACUCCAGGACCAAGUCAACAAAAUACACAUGAAAGUGACGCUAGAUGAUGACAAACGGCAGCUGCGCUUGUACCAGGAGAGGUACCUUGCCGACGGAGACCUGCACCAUGAUGGCCCCGGGCGGAUGAGGAAGUUCAGAUGGAAGAACAUAGAUGAUUCAUCUCAGAUGGAUAUGUUUCACAAAGACGCUGACGACGAAGAGAAUGAAGAUCAUCCAGACGAGUCAGAAGCCGUGUGGAGGAAGGAGCGCUUUGAACGGGAGCAGUGGCUUCGGGAACAGUCUGAGAAAGGGGAGGAGGAGGAGGAUAUUAUUGACGAGGACAGCCAGUUCAUGAAACUUGCAAAGAAAGUCACCACCCGGUCCCUGCGAAAUAAAGGAACCCCCACCGUUGCUGUUCAGGAAACCAAGUCGCUCCCCAGAAAUCCAUUUGAAACUUUUUGUCCUGCCAGCAACCCAAAGCUAAAGAACGGGUCCCUGUUGAACCGGCCCAAGGCCGUUUUGGAGAAGCUGGCCACCAUGUCGAAUCUCAACCCAAACGCCCCCAGGAACUCGCGGAAUUUCGUCUUCCAGACGCUCUCCCCUGUGAAGACUGAGGCAUCGAGGGAGACAUCAAAAGCGCAGGUCAUCAAGAAAAGGGCUCCCGUUUCCAUUGCAACGCCUCCUCCCAAACGGCUACGUCCCGACAGUCCUUCAGCUCAAGGAACCCGGAGUAUAUUCCAGUACUUGGAGAGGUGAAAGGUGCAGAGGGGUUUCCCUGUGGGUGCCACGCCUGGUCCUCUUCCAGCUGCUUUCUGCACGGCCCGGGAGUCAAGAUUUGGCUCAUGCCUGCCUCUAGUCUGGAACAGCCCUGUAUGGAUAACAGCCACUUUAAACGUGAUAUGCUGGGGUGUAUCACUCCACCUGAAUCCUCAGAUAAGAAGGAGAGCAAGAGAAAGGAUGUCCUUUAUCCGUCAGAUGCAUCUUCAACUGUAUUGUAGUAUUAAUUGGACCUGUAUUUUUUUUGUAUUGGCCUCUUCCCGGACUUCUGUGCUGUGUGGCGCUCCUCUGUGUUGAGGUAGCCAUGCUUCCAUCUUUUUUCUUUUUUUACUACUUCAGAGGCUGUGUGCUACAUACCCACCCCUUCUUUCCUUAAGGCAGUUAGAAGCACCUUGAUUUCGUAUCUUGGAAAGUUUCAGCUUAUGUUUUUUUAAUUAGGGUUUUUACACAUAUUGCUCUAAAGACAAUUCCAUUUUGUAGAACAGGCUUUUAAUUUUUUUUUUAAGAUGAAACCUUCCAGGAUAAAAUUAAGAAAGGGGAAAGGUUUCUUCUGCCAACCGUGUCUUCAUUUUAAAUCGCCCAUAUAAUUUUAUGAGCAUUCCAAAGGUCUGAAAAUGAACAAAGGAGAUCUAAAGAAAAGGAUUUCGUUUAAAGCAAUGAGGUUGGAUUUUAAACCAGGAGAUAAAUGGAAUUACACAACGUGCUUCUGACUCUGUUUGGAAGAUCUUGCACUGAAGACUUUUAUAUACAGUUGCAUCCUGCUGGGUUCUUAACAUUCUCCAAAGCCAUUCCGCCCGUGUUUGAAGACGGUAAUCCCAGACUGUAUAUUUAGUGUGUGUAAAAAUAAAAAAAAAAUAAAGUG